GGAGGGAGCGGCAGGGCUGCUCGGGGCGGCAAGUGCCCUGUGGGGCCCGCGUGUGGCUCCGACUGCCGGUGGCCGCCGCAGAUCCCCAGCCCGUGCAGAGGGGCAGGGCGCCCCGGGAGGGAUGCGGGGCUGGUGAAGAGCCGGCUCCGGGCUCGCCUUUGCCAGCGUGGGGUGGUGGGGGGGAAGCACCUCCUGAGCACGCCGCGGGGCUGGAUGCUGCCUGCUGCCGCCGCCCGGCCCGGGCCCCUCGCUUCGGUAAGUGCAAAACCCCGCGGGAGUGGAGCUGGGCCGGGGGCUGCGCUGGGACCCGGCUUCCUCCGCCGCCCGCCGGGCUGGAGUGACCCGUACCAGGCGAUGAGCACCCCAGACCGGCCGGCUUGCGCGGGGGCUGCAUUUGGGCCACUGCCCUGCGGACUUGCUCCAUUUCGAAGGCGGCAGCGGGGGGGUUGGGGUCAGCACAGCUCUUGGGCCUUUUUAAGCGCUCACAAAGCGGCUGGGCGCUGAGGGCACCUGGCAGCGGGCGCCGAGAGCCUGGGAGCCGCCUGUUGGGCAGGAGUCAUGGGCUAGGAGGGCUGGGCAGUGCCGGAUGAUGACAUGCUGAGGCCCUAAGCUAUGUCCAGUUUGAGAGGCCCCAUACCAUAAAAAGAAUCCCCCAAACCGGAUUUUCAUGACAUUUUCAGAUGAAUUAUUCUUAUUUCUGCACAAAUGUAUGGACUCAAUAUGAGCAAUAACUGUGGAGUCAUAUAUAUGUAUAUUUUUGUCACAUUAGAAUGAAUGUCCAUUUUCUUUCUUAUUUAGAGGCCCCUUCUAUUAUGAGGCCCUAAACCAGGGAUUUUGUACCUUUUUGGAUCGGUGUAUCCCCAGCAGCUGGGUGCAGAGCUGGGGCGGGGCAGGCACAGCUGAAUGCUGAGCCACCGUGUGCGAGCUUCCCAUGCCCCUUGCAUCCGGCUGGGCAGGUGGUGCCUGUGCGGCAGUGUGGGAUGGUGUGGUGGUGGUGCUCUGUCCCCGCCUGCCCUUGUAUACCCCUUAAGGCCUUCUCAAGUACCCCUGGGAUACACAUACCCCUGGUUGACAACCCCUGCUCUAAACUGUAGCUUAAAUUAGGUAGUUUAAGCCUAAAUCCAACACUGGGGCUGGGAGGGACCUGCCAGCCAUCUAGCCUGGCCUGUCUCAACUGGUGGGUCAUGACCCAAAAGUGGUUGCAAGAUUAUAUGAAAGGGUUGUGAAGACGCAUUAAAAAUGGAGCAACGGACUUUAAAAAAUGGAUUUUCCUUUAAAGGAGAAAAAUGUGGAGAAUGGUGGCUUUUCCCUUGCAGACUGGCGGAGUUGCAUCCUGCCAGGGGCUGCUUGCCACCUUCCCCCUCUUCCCCACACCAGAGGGCUGGUGCCUGAGGGCAGUGAGUCAGGAGCGAGGGGCACUGGGUUGGGACUGGCCACAAAUGGUACACACGAGGUUGAGAAGCACUGGUCUAGCCCGACUCCCUGCUCAGAGCAGGACUGUCCCCAAGUAGAUCCUCCCCGGCAAGGCUUUGUCUACCCGGGUCUUCACAACCUCUGAGGAUGGAGACUCCACAGCCUGUCUGGGUGACCUGCUCCAGUGCUUGAGUACCCUCCUAGUGAGAGAGUUUCCCCUAAUAUCCAGUCUAAACUUCCCUUGCUGCAACUUGAGCCCAUUGCUGCUUAUCAGGAGAACCCAAGUGCUGCCAUGUCCUGGGUCAGACGUGCCUCUGGCCCUGUCUCCUGCGUGGCACAGGGGCACAGAGUGGAGCCAGAACUGGGUCUGAAUAGUAGUUUUCCCACUGUGCCCCUCUCACUUGCAUGGAGGGUCUCGGGCACUGUCGAUUUGUCUCGCUCUUGUCUUUAGAGCAGUGUUUCCCAACCUGUUCCAGCCCAAGGCACACUUACAUUAAUAAAAGUUUUCCGUGGCACACCUGCUAAGGCAUUCCCAUCCUCAUACCUAUUGUAGCCCAUUGCCCUGGCAAAAUUCUGCGGCACGCCUGUUCGUUUCUGACGGCACACUUUUGUGCCGUGGCACACUGGUUGGGAAACGCUGCUUUAGAGUAAGCCGGGGUCUGCAGCCCUCGAGCUCCCCGAGGCAGGGCUGGAUGAGUGCACAGGCAAACUAGGGCCCUAGGUGAGGAAGGGGCUCGGCUGUGCUUAUUUUCCAGCCGGAGGCCAACGAGUUUGUUCGCCUGGGGCCCACUAGCGGGUUCAUGCGGUCCUGCCCCCGGGCCGAAAAAACAAAAAAAGAGAGGCGCGAAGGGGAAAGGGAGGCGGGUGAUGCUGGGCCUGGGGAGGGAGCAGGGCCGGGCCGGGCCGGGCACCCCGGAGCGCGCUGCCUUGUGUGUUGCAGCGCUGAGCCCAGCAGCCAUGGCCGAGGGCCCGGCGCCGCCCGCGGGCCAGGGCCAGGGCCAGGGGCAGGACUGGGACAUCGACGUGGAGAGCCUGGAGCUGGACGAGGCGGAGCAGCGCCCCGCGCCCGGCGGCGGCGAGCCCCUGGAGGACGAGGACGAGGACGAGGAGGAGGACGAGGAGGAGGGCGAGGCCCCGGCGCGGCCCGAGCCGCCGCCCGCGGAGCAGCGCAAGCUGAGCCGCACGCCCAAGUGCGCGCGGUGCCGCAACCACGGCGUCGUGUCCUGCCUCAAGGGCCACAAGCGCUUCUGCCGCUGGCGGGACUGCCAGUGCGCCAACUGCCUGCUCGUGGUGGAGCGGCAGCGGGUCAUGGCCGCGCAGGUGGCGCUGCGCCGGCAGCAGGCCACCGAGGACAAGAAGGGGCUGGCGGGGAAGACGACCCACUUCGAGCGCAAGGCCGUCUACCAGCGGCACGUGCGGCCGCCCAGCCUGCUGGCCAAGAGCAUCCUCGAAGGUUAUCGCCCCAUUCCAGCAGAUCCCUACCUAGGAGGGAAUUCACCCUUACCAGCACCUGUCAGCGACCGGAUGAGAAAAAGACGGGCUUUUGCUGAUAAAGAGCUGGAGAACAUUAUGCUAGAGAGAGAGUAUAAAGAAAGGGAGAUGAUAGAAGCUACUCAAGCUGCUACCCUUUUUCUGCCUAACCACAUGGUGCAUGGAACUGAAUACAAUUCCUACAAAACUGCCUUUAAUCCCUCUCAGAUUGAAGCUCCCAAUAAGGAAUUUUGCAAUUUAUUACCAACCUGCCUUGAUCUAACCAUGCAGUAUUCAGGAUCUGGGAACAUGGAACUGAUUUCUUCAAAUGUCAGUGUAGCUACUACCUACAGACAGUAUCCCUUAUCCUCCAGGUUCUUGGUGUGGCCAAAAUGUAGCCCCAUCAGUGAUGCUCUUCUCUAUCAGCAAUGUUUGUUAAAUGCUACCACUGUCCAGACUCUCAAACCGGGGGCAGGCUGGGACUCCAAAGUUUCACAAAGUCAGGAUUGUCUAAACUCGGAGCAUGACAUGAUGUCACCAAAAAUUGAAAGCUCAUUUGUCUUUUCUCACCCUCGAGAAACUCGGCAGUCUCAAAGUGACAUUCAAAGCGCCUCCCAAGAUGCCCGGGAGAGGUCAGCUUUCUCCCCUCCGAAAAGAGCUUUCUCACAAAUUUCUGAUAAAGAUUCUCUGGCUACACAAGAGCAUGUCUUAAGCAAGAUUAGCAAAGAGAGUACCAAGUACUCUGCCCCACUCAAGUACAGUCCAUUUCACUCGCUGCUCCAGCAAACAUUUAAUGAUAAAUCAAGCCCUGACUUAAGACCAUCAUUUGUAAAAGAGACCUUUGAAGAGGCUUCUAAGAAGUACAGAGAAUGCUCCAUCAAAGAGAACCAAAAGUAUAAAUUUACAAUAGACAGAUAUGCAAAAGACUUUUUUGGGGCCAAACAAGCUGCAACAAAACUCUCAACAAAUGAGCCUCUGUCAUUUUCAGUUGAAUCAAUCCUUAAACGGCCCUCUUCUGCAGUCAGCAGUGUCUCUCAGUAGACUGCAUCUUCAAAGUCAAGUUUAAAUGAUUGCCCUCAGCAACUGUUGCCACUGUUUGCCUUUUCUCUUCAAAAUUUUAUACAGAGGAAUUUGUGAUGUAAAUGGUGAUUUAAAAAAAAUAUGUACAUAAUUAUGCAUGUUCUCUCUCAUGAAAAUAAAUAUAUUUAAAUUUUUAAAGUGAAAACUGUGAAUGUGCAGAUUGUAAAGCACUAUGCUUUAUACAGCUUUCCAAACACUACAGCUCUAAAGGGAGGUUCAUUGUGAGUCCAGUACAAUACUACUAGCAGGGCAAAGACUAGGCAUCAUUUUUGCCUUGUGUCUCUAUUCCCUCCCCAGCAGUGCAGGGAUGAAUUCACUUGCAGAACAUACAUAUUGUUUUAUUUGCUAUGAUAUCUAUACUAGCUGUAUUAUAUCUAUAAAUUUGCUAAAUGUAUAAAACUGAAUAAUAUAAUAUCUCUGCUAAUUAUUUGCUAUGUUGGAGUAACCCAUCAUUUCAUGGAACAGGCUAUGUGCCAGUGUGCCCAUGUUAAUCUUUUAAUUGACUGCUGUGGGCUUUGAAUUUGAAUUCUGAGCAUGAUUGUCAUUCUGAAAGGAUAACUUUCAGGCUAGUUUAUCCUAGAGAACUAGCUUAUUUUUGGCCUCGCUCAUGAAAUCUUCCUCUUUCAAGCAAGAAUGUGACUUGGUCAAUUAUGAAGUAUGGAACUAGGUUUGAGGACAGGAAAGAUGGAAAAGAAAGUCCAGUGAUAUUUUUUUUGUAAGUUCCCCCUCCCUACCUCCCCAGAUAAAGGUCUUUUCUUCGUCCAAAGAGUCAUUAAAAUUCUUCUCAAGUUCUUCACUAACUUUAAUAUUUCCUUUCCUAAACUGGUCACUUUUGAUAAUGUAAUCAGGUUAGAUAUGUUGUCCUAAAUGAAAUGUACUUUAUAUGGUUAAAAAAUUGCAUAGGAUGAAUGCUAAAGAAUUUAAAAAAAUGCUAUAAAAGGUAAAAUUUAAGGUAUAAUAAUUAUUUAAAAAAAGGUAAAAAAUAAGUAUGUUUAAGCAAUAAAAUGAGGUUAAUUGGUAGAAACCACCAUGGCAUGAAGCCUCCUUCAGAAAGUAGAAAUCUUCAUUUUUUGGAUUCUAUGGUUGAUACACUUACUACAUUUCUUGAAACUGUGUUAGGUUUUUCUUUUAACAUUUUGAAGUCACCAGACCUUCCCCCCCUGCUUUCCUUAUACACCUUAACUUUAAUCCUGUCAAGUGUGUUUGUUUAGUCAUAUUUGUUUUACAGUCAUAAGGUUUUAGUAGAGCAGGAUGAACAAAUAUCAGUGGAAGAUAAAAGUCAGACUGUGAGCAGAA